UUCAGAAUUUAAUAGCAAAAACAGUCGUGGCCGGGGAAGGGCUCUGGAGUUCUUUGCAUCAGCUUAAGAAGAUUUAACAACUUUUGAGUUCUGUCCAGAGGGUAAAGGUUCCAAAGAAUGAAGAUUUUGAUACUGAUUGACUUUGUCCUUGCAGCUAGCUUGAUGGAUGCCAUUGGCAGCUCUGAUCUACAGAACUGCUUUCAAGAGCAUAUACGACUUCAGGGCCAGGUGAGACUUCUGGAACAUCGUGUGAAACAGCAGCAGUUAAAAAUUAUACAGCUUUUAGAGAAGAAAGAGAUUCAGUACAGUGACAAAGGAGAUGAAAACAAUGUCAUUGACUUGGGAGGAAAAAGACAGUAUUCAGAUUGUGCAGAAAUCUACAAUGAUGGCCAUAAGCAAAGUGGAUUUUAUAAGAUGAAACCUAUCCAAAGUCCUACUGAAUUCCUUGCCUUCUGUGACAUGUCUGAAGGGGGUGGUUGGACUGUGUUUCAGAGACGUUCUGAUGGCAGCCAGAAUUUUGAUAGAGUCUGGGCUGAUUAUGAAGAAGGCUUUGGAAAUUUUGUUUUGGCAAAUGGUGAAUAUUGGCUUGGAAAUAGAAAUCUUCAUUAUUUGACUAAUCAAGGAAACUAUACCUUGAGAAUUGAUUUAACUGAUUUUGAAGGAGAACGGCGUUUUGCACAAUAUGCAAGAUUCAGAGUUGCAAGUGAAGAGCAUGCUUAUGAGAUGAGUUGUGGUGAAUAUUCUGGUACAGCUGGUGAUUCCCUUACUGGCGGAUUUCAUCCUGAAGUAAAAUGGUGGGCUGAUCAUCGAGGAAUGAAAUUCAGUACUAGAGACAGGGAUAAUGACAACUAUGAAGGGAAUUGUGCUGAAGAGGAAAAGUCUGGCUGGUGGUUUAACAGGUGUCACUCUGCCAACUUGAACGGUCUGUACUACAAAGGCCCCUACACUGCAGAGACGGACAAUGGCAUCGUUUGGUACACUUGGCAUGGGUGGUGGUAUUCUCUGAAAUCCGUUGUCAUGAAGGUCAGACCAGCAGACUUUGACCAUAAUAUUGUUUAAGUAUUUCAUUAAGACGAUUUAUUUAGUUAAUCUCUUAGCAAAUCAAUCCAAAUUAAAACAGAUGGGCAGACUUUUGCUCUCAGACUUCUCAUCUAUGCAUACAUAAAUCUGGAAUAAUUCCUCUGCAACCAGUAGUUUCAUGAGAUGUACAGAAGAAGACAAUCUGGCCUGUGAAUCUGUAAAUACAAAUACCAGUGCUAAUAUGUGUACAGGACUUUUAAAACAAAAGGCAGGACUUCA